AUGUAUUCCCUAGCAGCUCAUAGGUUCAUGCUGUUGGCCUUGGUUUCCCGUUCAAAGGCAGCAAAUGCUCCCUCCAAAUUAAUGCAAGACAUUUGCAAGGAAAGAGCAACAUCCCAUGGCUCGUAUGAUGAUUGUGUCACUGCUCUUGAAUUGGAUCCCACAGCUGAUUCUGCAGAUAUCAACAAACUCGCUAAAAUCACAGCCACAGCUUCAAUCAAAAGUGCACUGUCGGAGCUAGGUGAAGAUCCUCUUUCAGCCAACUACGACAGCAUGGUUGCCGGUGAUGAUGUCCAAGCAUGUGACGAUGAACUGGCGAGGGACAAGGCUCAUAUUCCUGGAAUUACAACCAGAAACAACUAUAUAUGGAAAGCUUUAUAG